UAAUGAUAAGAUAGUGCUUACUAUCACAACCCUCCGACCAGCCCACCCUUGUUCAAUGACCAACUUGAUCUGACACAAUAAAUAUGGCCACUCAACAAUCUCUCGUGCUAGAAAGCAAACAAGGCAACUUCAUCAUCUCUGAAAGACCUAUCCCACACUUGGAACCCGGUGAACUCCUCGUCAAGGUGCAAGCUGCUGGACUGAAUCCGGUGGAUUGGAAAAUCCAGGCUGCUGGGUUUCUUGUAGAGAGUUAUCCUGCUGUGUUAGGCUCAGAUGUUGCUGGUGAUGUCGAACAAGUCGGAGAAGGUGUCGAAGGAUGGGCGAAGGGUGACAGAGUAUUCUUCCAAGGUUUCUAUCGGAAUGAGAGAGCUGCUUUUCAGCAGUACACUACCAUUCCAGCGGAUCUUGUAGCAAAGAUUCCAUCGAGAUACACUUAUUCACAAGCUGCAUCUAUCCCUGUCUCGUUUACAUGCGCCAUCUAUGGUCUCUAUGCACCCAAGCCCAUUGGACUCGGCUUAAACCCCACCAUAGACCCGUUAAUCAAGCAGACCGGACAAGCUGUGUUUGUCUACGGCGGAGGAACUACCGUAGGGAUGUAUGCCACCCAACUCCUUCGAUACAUGGAAUUCAGUCCAAUCAUCGUAUAUGCCUCUUCGAAACACAUGGCACAUCUCCAGUCCCUCGGCGCGACGCAUGUUAUUGACCGCCAUGAAGUCUCUUCGGGCAGUCUUCCUUCUGAAGUCGCAAAAAUAACUGAAAAACCUCUGAAAUUUGCCUUCGAUGCUGUAGGGAACGCUGAGGCACAAGAAGCGAGUAUGAAUUGCUUGACCGAGGGAGGGGAACUCGUUACUGUGAAUUCGACCACGAAGACGGAUAGAGACGACGGGAAGACUAUGUUGGCUGUAUUCGGCACAGUGCAUUUACCACAUACAAGAGCGUUUGGGAAGGUGCUUUACGAAAAGCUUCCACAGCUCAUUGAGCAAAACGUCGUGGUGCCUGCCCGUAUCGAAGAUUUUCCGAACGGACUGAAAGGAAUCGUUCAUGGUUUACAGAGAUUGAAGCGGAAUGAAGUUAGCGGGAUGAAAUUGAUUGGACAUCCACAAGAACAGUUAAGCUGAGCAUUCGGAGUAAUCAGUUUCCGCAUUCAAAUAUGUACUAAUAAACAAAUCCAAUGCUAUCGAAUGAUGUGACUUUCCGGGAUAGGCUGUAGAUUGUCUUUUCUACUUACAUGGUCGAUACAUCGAUAACAAACCUGAACUUGACCUGGGACUUGACGACCCUAUCAUACGCCUCAUUGAUGUACGAAGCGGAGACUACUUCAAUCUCAGGGAAAAUCUGCUUCUUAGCACAGAAAUCCAACAUCUUCUGCGUUUCCGCAA